CAUUCACUCAAUCUCCAUCUGAGAGCUCAGGCACCCCCCUUGCCAAAAACACACCGACUUCUCUCCCCUUCUCCCUCUCUCUCUCUCCCUCCAGCCAGCCUCGCUGCGCAGACCUUGAACAGUCCGAGAUUCGUUAAAGCGGCAAGAAACCUUCCCAAACCCGCCCAUGCCCAAACGAGCCAAGCGCAAUCCCGCCCGCAUGGUCAAGCUCAAGCCGGCCCCCACCCGGCGCCCUCUCACUGGCCGGGCCCUCGCCCUGCUAAGCGCCCACACCACCCGGGAGGGGUGCUGGUGCUCCACUUCGGCUCCCCAGUUCGCGAAUCGCGCGUGUCGUUUCCGAGGGGAACGCUGUUGUGGUGUGUGUCGUCACUUGCAGUUGCAGGAGGGGUGUGCCAGGUGCGGAUAUGGCGAGCUGAUUGGCUGGGUAGAAGGUGCUGUUAAGCGCCCGUUUUUUUGGAGGGGAGAAGUGGAAAAUCGAGGUGGCAUGGCAUGGGGGAGACAGGGCAUAAUUUGCCCAUUCAUUGAAAGCAAGAUGGCAGGUGUGAGGUGGGCUUUUGUUUUUGUUAGGGAACAAUUGUUGAGAAGUACGAAUAGUGGAUGCCAGGUGUUCUGGUGAGACGGAAACGCUUCACUGAAGUCUCUUCAGGUGCUGAGUGAGCGGCUCGCCCACCGCGAGCAGACGCACGCUUCUCCUGCGGCUCAAAGGGUUGGUGAUGGGAGGCCUGGUCCAUCACGUUUCUUGCUCGGUGCCCGCCUGCAAGCACUGCAUUUGCCUGCUGAAUUGUGGCGUCUCGCCCGAGAGACAAGGUCCAUCCGGGCGUAUCUUUCAGUUUUGGGUAGCGGAGGAGGUUAAUGUGUGAC